AUGGCGUCCUCUCCAGCCGCUGUAGCUGCAGCGACAGCGUAUCAACAAGCUCUGAUGGCAGCUGGCUACCCACCGCAGCGAUACACCUGUGCACAAACCACGCAUUCCGGGCUUGUCCCGACCACCGCGGUGACGGUCAGUUCCGCCCCAGUUUCACAGUCAACAACAGCAACUGAGUACACCAACCACCGGGGGAGCCCCAACAGUCCCAGCGCAAUUGGUCAACGGAUGGGGUUUAGCCAACCUAACCAAUGGGCUGAUGAACGGGACGUCGUCACAGCUGAUGACACCACAAAAUCAACAAUCGCAGCAGCAGCAGCAACAGCAACAACAGCAACAGCAAGUUGCGAUUCCAACGAAUGUUCAGCAAAACACCACAAUCUUGACGCGUUGCAGCCAUCUGCAAACCUAGACAACCUAUUCAGCUACAUUGGAGAAUAA